AUGACUGGGGGAGAGGGGCGGGGACUAUCUGUGUUGUUACCACAGAGAUGAGGUUACGCGUUAUUUGGAUUCCCGUUGAGAGCGGAGGACUUUCACUGAGCAAGAAAAACAAAUCAAUAAAAACACAACCUACGUCUUUUCAGUUAUGGGGACAUCCAGAUUUUGAACUCUUCUAGAGGAUGCAUACGACGCGCAGCCCGUCCUCCAUCCCUGCAGGCGAUGCCCUGGACCUCAGCCUGUCGGGCUCCCAGCUCCCCAUGAGCAGGCGUCCCGGCGGCGGCGGCUCCUCGACGGGGAAGUUCUUCUCCCGCUCUGUGUCUGUGUCUGUGGCGAGCGACGGCAGAGGGAAACGCAACACGCUGGGCGACGCCGGCUUCGGCGGCUCCCGCUCCGUCAAGAACCUGAGGAGGUCCAACAGCACCACGCAGGUCAACCAGCCGGCCAACAUCAGUCUGAGACUCCCAGAUAACAGUGUGUGGUUUGUGCGUCUCAGUCAGGACCAGAGCGAGGACUACCUGGCCCUGUUUGACAGCGGCUCGGACGGACGCAAGAAGCUGGCGAGUCUCAGCAAGACGUCGCCGGACAGAACCACCUGGAACAUCCUGGACGACCAGCCCAGAACCUUCCCCCCCGUCCAGUCCAGCUCCCGCAGCACCGGCAGCGUGGACUCGCCCACGGGCCCGAAGAGACGGGAGCCGGGCAUCGCUCUGGCCGCCACCUUCACCGCCAACAACAGGAGCAACAAAGGAGCCGUGGGCAACUCCGUCACCACCAUCCUGCACAACAAUUACUCGGAGAAGCCGCUGACGCCGAAGAGCUCCAACCAGAAGCCGACCUUCAAUAACAUCCUGAAGGCCACGGCCAACGAUGAGGUUUCCCUGGACAACGGCUCCCUCGCCAAGUCCCAGAAGAAUUUCUCGUCGCCCUCCAACAACCGAUCCCCGGUGUCGGCCCACGUCCUGUCCCGGCGGAGGGAGGUCACGGAGGAGGAGGCUGAAAGGUUCAUUCAGCAGGUGAACCAGGCGGCCGUCACCAUCCAGCGCUGGUACAGACGCCACGCCAGCAGACGCCUCGCCAACCAGGCCGAGCUCCGGCGCAUCCUCGCCUCUAAAAGAAAGGAAUGGGACGAGAGGCCGGAGGAGGACGGUCGGCUGGAGCAGCAGAAGAAGAAAGACGAGGACAGGAAACGCAUUCGUGAGGAGAAGGCUCGACUCGCCCGCCUCGCUGCCAUCAAGGAGCUGCAGCAGAAAAGGUCUCAGCGCGCUGCCGACGUGCACCGAGCGGCCGAGGCCGAGCCGGAGAGCGCGAGGCCGCCGGCGGCGACCGGCCGCAAGAAGACGCCCAGGACUUCACAACCCAACAAGAGUCCGGCUUCACCGAGCAACAACAGCCCGACGUCACCGACAGGCGUCAAAACCAAGAACACAGACUCCAACCUAAACGUCGUGGCCGACGUGAGCGAGAUGAUCUUCAGAGCCGUUUCUCCGGCGUCGUCCGGUCACAGAGGAUCUCAGUGUUCACAGGACCACGGCGACCGAGCAGACGAAGUUGUUUCUGUGGAGCUGCAGCAGGAGAGCGACAGGAAACUGGUUCGCAGAGAGAAAGCUCGUCUGGCCCGACUCGCCAGCGCCCAGGUCAACACGUCUAACGGGCUGCAGCCGCCCGGAGCUCACGCCGCUGCAGACGUGAACCGAGCAGACGAGGCGGAGCUGGACGACCUGAGGCCGAGCGGCGCCGCCGGCCGUAAGAAGCCUCCCAGGAUUUCACCGAGCAACAAAGGUCCGUCCUCACCGAGCAACAACAGCCCCACGUCCCCGACAGACGCCAAAACUAAGAACACAGACUCCAAUCUGAACGUGGUGGCUGAUUUCGGAGAGCUGAGCUUCAGAGCCGUUUCUCCAGCUCUGUCCAAUCGCAGAGGCUCCCAGUGUUCACAGGAAAUCCUGCAGAGGUCUGUGAGCGUGGAGGACCAGCGGCAGGGAGCUGUGUCCAGCCGGGCUCAGUCUAAAACCACCCUCACCGAGCUGCUGGACACCCUGAAGCUGCUGGAGGAGGAGCCCGAGAGGCUGUCGGAGCCGAAGAGCUACCGCAAGGAGAAGUACGCCUGGAUAGACGAGGACGGAGACUCCAACUCCCUGACCACCGACAACCUGGAGCGCCACGGGCAGCUCAGCCACCACCCGGCCCUGCCAGACGGGGGCGCCCUGCUCUCCGAGGCCAAGCUGCAGAGCAUCAUGAGCUUCCUGGACGAGAUGGAGAAGUCCGAGCAGGAGCGGCCGCGGUCGGUCACCUCGGGGUCGCACAGAGAGGCCGUCCUCUCCGAGGAGGAGCUGACCGGGGCGGAGCAGGCGUCGGCCACCGCCGCCGAGCUCACGGGCUCCAUGAUGAGGACCAAGAUGGAGCUGGAGGAGAAGAAGCGAACCGUCCACAUGCUGCAGACGGCGCUGGCCCAGCAGAGGGAGCUGAGCGUCAGACACGUGAAGGAGACGGAGAAGGAGCUGAGCAGGAACUUCCAGCUCCAGAAGGAACAAUACGAAGCCACCAUCCAGAGACACCUCACCUUCAUCGACCAGCUCAUCAGCGAUAAGAAGGCUCUGAGCGAGCGGUGUGAAGACGUGGUGGGGGAGCUGAAGCAGGUGGACCAGAAAUACACCAAGAAGAUGGCGCAGAUGCAGGAGCAGCACGAGCUGGUGUGGCAAAUUCUCGGUCCGUUGUGCGAGGAGAUCAAGAAGUUAAAAGACCUGAUGAGCGCCACCGAGAAGAUCCGCCGCGAGAAAUGGAUCGACGAGAAAACCAAGAAGAUCAAAGAGAUCACGGUCAAAGGUCUGGAGCCUGAGAUCCAGAAGCUGAUCUCCAAACACAAGCAGGAGCUGAAGAAGCUGCGAACGCUCCAUGAGGCCGAGCUGCUGCAGGCGGACGAGCGAGCGGCUCAGAGAUACGUCCGUCAGAGCGAGGAGCUCCGGCAGCAGCUGGAGAAGGAGAAGGAGGAGCAGUGCCAGCGGGAGAAGGAGCUCGCUAAACAGAGGUAUGAGAAGCAGCUUCAGGAGGAGGAGCUGUCGCUGCAGCAGCAGAGGAGGCGCCUCUACAAGGAGGUGGCUGAGGAGAAGGAGCGGCUGGCUCAGCUGGCUUCAAGGCAGCGCUCGGAGCUGGAGGAUCUGCGUCGGCAGCUGGAGGAGAACAGUUCUCUGGCUGGUCGAGCUCUCAGAGAGGAGCUGGACAAGAGCAGGGAGGAGCAGGAGAGGAGGCACCAGGUGGAGAUGAAGGCCCUGCAGGAACGUCUGGACAUCGAGAAACAGACCUGGGAAGAGAACUACAAGAAGAAAGAGGAAGCGUGGCUGCUGAGCCGCGAGCGCGAGCUGAAAGAAGAGCUGCGACGGGAACGCGACAAAGAGAUCGAGCUCGCAAUCUGGACGCUGGAGGAGGAGACCAGCAAGGACAAAGAGGAGUGUGAGAGGGCAGCGGACAACAGGGUGAAGCGUGUGCGGGAGAAGUACGAGGCGGAGCUGGCGGAGCUGGAGCGCUCGGAGAAAACGGCCGUGGAGAAACAACAGGAGCUGAGGAAGCAGCAGAUGGAGUCGGAGGGAGAGUUGAUCCGACUUCAGGCUGCGCUCCGACAGAAGGAGCAGGAGGUCGAGGACGUCACUCAGACCAGGGACAAACUGGCCGACGAGCGCCGCCGCCUGGCCGAGGUGAUAAGGCAGGAGUUUGCCGAGCGGCUGGUGGUGACGGAGGAGGAGAACCGCCGGAUGAAAGUGGAGGUGUCGGAGGUCCGGGCGAGGCUCCGGCUGGAGGUGGAGAGGGUCACCCGGGAGAAGGAGGAGGAGCUGGCUGAGGUCCACCAACGGGUGAAGGCGGCCAUCUUGAAGAAGGAAGAAACGGUCAAUAAUCUCCGGAAGCAGCACGAGGCUGCUCUGAAGAGGGCGGAGCAUCUGGAGGCUCUAUGGGAGCAGCAGAGGAAGCAGCUGCUGGAGAAAUGACUGACGGGAACCUCCAGGUUUCACCUCCUCCUCCUCCUCCUCCUCCUCCUCCUUCUUCUUCUUUCCUCGGUGGACGUCGUUCCUCCUGGCGAGGCUGGACCUGAGGAACUCCUGACGGUCGUCCUACCUCACUGAUGUCCCCCAGACCCCCCGGACAUGAAGGACCACGUUGUGUUUGGGAAGUUGCCUCAGACCAGUUGAGACACUACGAAUGGACUUUUUCUUCCCAUUCUUCUUCUUCUUCUCCUCUUUCUAGAGGAGCGUUGCUAUGUUGUGCAUGACUGUUGCCCCCCCCCCCCCACACCACACCAACACACACACACACACACACACACACACACACAGCAGGAAUGUGCCCGUGUUCCACCCCUUCCCCCCAAAAUAACACUUCCAGAUGUUCCUGAAACCAGCCCAGGCCUGUGGUGGUGGUGAGGAUGUGGAUGUGGGGGUCGUUCCUCCCCGAGACCUGGUCUCCAGAGUCUUAGUGUAAGAACUAUGUGGAGACCUGAUGUCAGUUUGCCCCCCCCCCCCACCACACACACACACACACACACAGACACACACACACUGAGACCAGAUCCCUGUUCACACCUGGACUCCAGAGACCAGAUCCGUGGAGCUCCAGACCUGGAAGAAGCCGAGCUCGUUGGUGGUGCAGCCUUUCAUUAGUUGAGUCAUGUGUUUUGUCCCAGUGCCCCCCCCCCCCCCCCCCCCCCCAACCUUCCAGACUUGUGCUAAUUACAGGAUCUAUAUCCCCCCCCCUCAGGCCACAGGCUCUGAGCAAAGUGUGGAUCUGCAGAGUUAGAGAGCGAGCGAGUGGGACGUGACUAGAAAGAGGAGACGAGUGGAGGAAGUGAUGACGACGCGUUUGAGGUCGGAUGAUUACAGACAGAAAGUUUCUGGACGUAGGGAGAGAGAGAGGAAGGAGGAAGGGAAGGUUUGUGCAGGAAGCAGAGCGGGUCGAGGUGGUCCACAUUUAAAGCUCUUAGUCUGGGUCGGGGGUCCGGGGUCCGGGGGUCCGGGCCCCCCCACUGGGACCAGACUCAUCCCUCUGGUUCGGCAGCGUUUCCUUAGACUCCACUCAGAGCGGCGUUCACUCUGAACCUGAACCUGAACCUGAACGCGAGGCCUCUAAUUUAGCUCCACCGGGGCGGAACCAGAACAUAUUCAUUCCCCCCCCCCCCCUCCUUUAUUUAUUUAACAGGACCUUGGUGGCGCCGCUGGUCCACGAAGAGGCCGAUCAUGUGAAGUCACAUUUAUACUUGUGCCAUUGUUAGAUGGAUUAACUCAGUACGUCAGGUUGUUCUGACAGCGAUGUUUGGGUCGGGUCCAGUUAAUCCUCAGAAACCAGAACAGGACUCAGACUUAGUCUUGGUCUUGGGUUCGGAGGCCGGACCAUGUGAGGCGGCGACGUGCUGCCGACAUUCCUCCCGUCCACCCGCCUCCCCCACUGUUCCUCCCACUGUUCCUCCCACUGUUCCUCCCACUGGGGCCUGAAACGACCCACACUUUCACUCACUCGAACGCAUCAUUCCAGCCGUCACCGGUUCACUCGGCCCUCGAACGCAUCGUUUUCCUGUUUAAUGUUUUUUUUUUUUUUUUAUCAUUAUUGUUGCUUUUGAUGACGGUUCGAAAAACUGUGAAUGUGAUGGAGACGGAUCCAUCGGCAAAAGAGAGAAUAAAGACUGUUUGGACGA